AUGUUUCCUGGAAUGGCGUAUCAACCGCUCUCGCCGUUUAGAAAGUCAAACAAGUCCCAUCCGACGUUGCCUCCCGACCUCGCCAGGCCAGGAAUUGCCCCCAUGCCGUUUGAAUCUCCCAACGCACGCUCAAAGACAAUUACAGUCGCAGAUGGUCCAAAUACUGGUGGUUAUCUACUCAAGAAUCUCGAAUUACAUCCAAACUCCAAGAUUCCAUCCGUCUUGAACAAGACCUUUCAUGCCGUAGACUCGCAACUCUCCCAAAUGGCAGCAGAGAAUAAGACACACUCUGGAUGUACAGCUGUUGCAGCAUUCCUCCGGAUCGAAGACGAACUCGGUGGCCAGGCAUUCCGAGAGGCGCAUACAACAAUGACAGACGAACCAACAAGCUUGACCACCGAUGACGACAAGCGUCCGACAACACCCACCUCGAAACCCUCGGCCUCUGGACGGUCGACACCAUCCAAUUUCGACUCGAAAUCUGGCCACCAGUCACCUGAGAGAUCCAACUCGAGUUCAAAGUUGCGAAGCGCCGUCAAGAAUUUCACCUCCAAGCUCAGUGGAAAUGGUAGUGGGGGUACCAUCAAGUCGGAAGAUGGCAGCACGGGUGUCCCCGUCGUCAAGGGAAGCAUACAAGCGCCGUUUGAACCGUGUCAUGAUGGCUGGGGGUUUGAUGUCCCUAGCAGCAAAAGGAGCAAGAGCUCUGCCUCAGACUCGACGUCUCUGCAAUCUUCUGGACCUCCUUCAAAACGAUUGAGGAGAGUCCUCUACGCUGCUAAUGCUGGAGACGCGCGGGCCGUGCUUUGUCGGAAUGGAGAGGCGCUUCGGUUGACGUAUGAUCACAAGGGGAGUGAUGCGCAAGAGUCGAAACGGAUCACUGAUGCGGGUGGAUUCGUGAUGAACAAUCGUGUGAAUGGUGUCCUUGCUGUCACGAGGUCCUUGGGUGAUUCAGCAAUGAAAGACUUUGUUGUUGGUGCGCCCUAUACGACCGAGACGGAGGUUGGGCCAGCAGACGAGUUUAUCAUCAUUGCGUGCGAUGGGCUGUGGGACGUGACAGAAGAUCAAGAAGCCGUCAACCUCGUCCGGGAUAAAUCAGAUGCGCAGCAAAUGGCCAAGCUUUUGCUCGAGCAUGCGCUCGUCCGGUUUUCGUCGGAUAAUGUGACCGUCAUGGUCGUGCGCUUCAAGCCCGUUUCUGGGUCGUCGUAG